AUGGGUCUGUCUUCUAAAAGUGGAAACGUCACACCUGACGGCUAUGGCGACAAGAGAGUUAACGGAUUAACUUCUGAUUUAUACGGAGGAAACGAAACAUCCAUGCCUAUUACAAUCAUCGGGCUCUUAUGUAAAUUUCCUGGAGACGCCACAUCCCCAGAUAAAUUUUGGAGAUUGCUUGAAGAUGGCCGCAACACAUUUUCCUCUGAUACAGGCUUUCGAUUUGAUAUAAAAGCUCACUAUCACCCUCACCGAGCUCAAAGUGGCACCUUUAACCCCGUAGGGGCACACUUCAUCCAGCAAGACCUCUCGCUUUUUGACGCACCAUUUUUUAAUAUAUCGGCACCAGAAGCUAGAGCUAUGGAUCCUCAGCAACGCCAAACCCUAGAAAGUACCUACGAGGCGAUUGAGAAUGCUGGGAUCACGAUGCAAGCCCUUGCUGGAAGCAAUACAGCAGUAUUUGUUAAUACUUAUAACCGUGAUUGGUUUGCUAUUGCUUUGCGUGAUCCAGAAGCAAUACCUAAGUACCAGGCGCUUGGUACAGGUGACGCCUUAAUGUCCAAUCGGGUAUCGUAUUUCUUUGAUCUGAAGGGACCUUCUAUGACGCUGGAUACCGGUUCUUCCAGAAGUAUGGUAGCAGUGCAUCAGGCCUGCCAGAGUUUACGCACAGGAGAAAGCUCUCAGGCAAUCGUUUCUACAGUAAAUCUUAUUCUGGACCCUGAGCUUCUCAUUGGAAUGAGUAAUCUGGGUUUCCUAUCUGAUAAUGGUCAGUGCCUGACCUUCGAUGGCCGAGGAAAUGGUUACGGACGCGGAGAGGGUGUCGCAUCGCUUAUUCUAAAGCCACUUCAUAUGGCCCUCCGUGACGGGAAUCCGAUACAGGCAAUCGUCCGCAAUACCUUCGCAAACCAGGACGGAAGAACACCAGGUAUCACUAUGCCAUCAAUGGAUGCCCAAAUUGCUAUGAUUAAUAGUGCCUAUGGGAGUGUUGGGCUAGAUAUGAAAGACACCGCAUAUUGUGAGUGUCACGGCACUGGUACCCCGGCUGGAGAUCCAGUGGAGGCCAAAGCAGUCGCAUCAACUAUUGCAAAAUCCCAUACAGCUAAUAAACCAUUGUUUGUCGGUAGCGUAAAGACGAAUAUUGGACACCUGGAAAGCUGUGCAAGCUUGGCGGGCUUAAUCAAGACUGUGUUGAUGCUGGAAAAAGGCGUCAUUGUUCCUAAUUAUGACUUUCAGAUACCUCACCCAGAAAUCCAUUUUGAUGAGUGGCAUAUGAAGGUUGUCAGCGAGCGUAUCCCAUGGCCCAACGCGUCUUAUAGAAGGGCCUCUGUGAACGCCUUUGGGUACGGCGGGACCAACUGCCAUGCAAUUCUAGACGCUGCGGAGAGCUACUUUGCUACAGCGUCGCUGAGUUCCGGCUUCCUGUGCCUGCCCUCGGCUGGCACUCAAAAUGACGUGACUGACAAAGAGGAGAUUGACGUAAAAGCUGGCAGAAAUGACUUGAGCAUACCACGUAUUUUUGUGCUCAGUGCUCGUACAGACAAAGCUCUCCAGAGUAUGAUACGAGAUUUGUCUUUGUAUCUGCGAGAAUUUUCCGAACCAGAAGGCAGCAUGCUAGAUAAUCUAGUAUAUACGCUCUGCCUACGUCGUUCACAUCUCCAGCAGCGCUUUGCUAUGGUAACGCCUUCCCUGGAGGAGCUAGUACAAACACUGGAAACCUCUACUUCUUCGGCGGAAGACUUCAAUAAAAGUCGAUCGGGAGACAUUGGCUUUUAUUUUACCGGCCAAGGAGCACAAUGGCCGAAGAUGGGCCGGGAGCUCCUUCGCGCAUUUCCUAUUUUUCGGAAAUCUCUACUACAGACUGGGAGGCACCUUUGCAGCUUUGGGGCUUCCUGGUUUCUCAUUGAUGAACUUCUUAAGGAUGAAGAACAAAGCUGUCUUCAGGAAGCAGAGAUAUCUCAGCCGAUUUGCACUGCUGUACAAAUUGCACUUGUCGACCUUUUCGAUUCAUGGGGAAUCAAGCCAGUAGGAGUCGUAGGGCACUCAUCCAGUGAGAUUGCCGCCGCUUAUGCUGCAGGAAUUCUAAGUGCCGAAGCUGCAGCAAGAGUGUCAUUCUUGCGCGGCAUAUGGGCGGCAAGGGCUAAGUCUAGAAACAAGUCUGCAGGGGCUAUGCUAGCUGCAGGCAUCUCUGAAACCGAAGCGGCAAAAUAUAUUGCUGUAGUGCCAGUUGACCUUGGAUUAUCGCUCUCUGAAGAUGUGUUGUACUUACCAAGUCUUAUUCGCAAUAAGGAUAGCACGCAGGCCGCUCUAAAACUUGCUAGAAGACUCUUUGUUCAACACUUUCCGGUCAAGCUCGACGAGAUAUUUAAAGGCCGUAAUUAUUCGAACCCAGUUACUCUAUCUAAUCUCCCAGCUUAUCCAUGGGACCAUUCAGUCACUUACUGGACCGAAUCGCGGCUAAGCUCUGAUUAUCGAUUGCGAAACCGGCCACGACAUCAGCUACUUGGCGUUCCUACAACAGAUUGGAACCCCCUUGAGCCAAGCUGGCGCCACAUACUUAGAACCAAUAAGCUCCCUUGGCUCCGUGGACACAUGGUGGAAGGGCAAAUUAUAUAUCCAGCUGCAGGGUAUAUAUCCGCCGUUCUUCAAGCUUGCCACGAAACUCUCAUAUCCGGCGGCAAAGACAACAUCCAGAAACCUUUACAAGUCACGUUCAGAGACGUUCAUAUCUCCAAUGCUUUAGUUAUUCCGGAUGAUUUGGAAGGUGUCGAAAUAGUCAUUAGAUUACGCCCGUACUAUGCAUCCACACAGGAUGCUUCUUCUGUUUGGCAAGAGUUUUUUAUUUGCUCGUACUCCAAGAGCAGUAUGUGGAACGAGAACUGCCGAGGCCUCGUCUUAGUGCGACAUGACGACUAUAAUAGUCUCGAGGACAUUGAUUUCUGUACCCUAGAUGCCUUCCAGGGCCAGGUUAUUCCAGACCCCUACAAGAUCCUUCUCGAUCUGGGAUACAAAUUCUCCGAGCCAUUCGUGAACAUUAAAAGAGUGACGGCGAAACCGCACAAGGCUUUAUCUGUCCUGUGCGUUCCAAACACUUCCCAGUUCAUGAAUCAUGGUUAUGAACUACCACAGGCACUACAUCCUGCAACAUUAGAUUGCGUAUUCCAAACACCCCUUACUGCUUUAAUAGCCGCCGACUGCUUAGGGUGCCCAAUGGUUCCCGUCCAUUGCGAUAAAAUUACGCUUGCUGGGGAUUUAGAGCAUCAUCCAGGAGAAAAGCUUCUAGUGUUUGCCGAGACUACUCCAGAAGGGCAGAGGAAAUGCAAAGUUCGAGCUAUUAUUAAGAAUACAGUUGGUACUCCUCGCAUGUACAUUGAGGGCCUCACCUACAGAGCUCUGGGUGGCGUUGGAGAUGAAGGCAAACGAAACCCCAGGAGAACAAUGUGUCACCGCAUUCAUUGGGCUGCUGAUGUCGAUAAAAUGGAAGGAAAGGAGCUUAUAGCGCUUACCACCUCUGAUCUCUCCUUGGAAUUGCCUUUAGAUCAGCUGGCACAGAUUCGCGCCGCAUGCUACGUAUUGAUGGAACAAGCACUAAGAGCUCUGUGCGAAGAUAAGGUCUCAGCACGAGCUUCUGAGCAUCAUAAAAAAUUAUAUAAAUGGAUAAAGAGUAAACUUUCUCACAGAGAAAAGGAAAAUCCCUAUAUCAACGAUCGCAGUCUACAGACUCAUGUCGAAGCGUUAGGUGCCGUGGGAAAAAUAAUCUACCGUAUUGGCGGUCAGUUGACCAAGAUAAUUCUUGGAGAGAUCAAGCCGCUUGAGCUCAUAACAGCGGACGGCCUCCUUGAUAAAUUCUACCAAGAGAAUUCAAUUAAGCGGUGCUAUGCAGCGUUGGCUCGAUAUGUCAACUGUCUCCGCGAGAAAGAGCCUAACUUAAAAAUCCUCGAGGUCGGUGCAGGCACAGGAGGUGCUACUAAGCAUCUUCUUGAGGCAUUAGGAACAAAGUUUCACAGGUACGAAUUUACCGAUAUUUCUACGGGCUUUUUCAGCAACGCACGAGAGAAAUUCAAGAGAUGGGGCUCGUCAGUCCAUUACAAGAAACUCGACAUCGAAAAGGAUCCCACGGAGCAGGGUUUUGACGAAGGCACAUAUGAUCUUGUGGUGGCGUCAAAUGUACUCCAUGCGACGAGGUCAAUGCAAGGCACCAUGCGUAAUGUGCAUCAACUAUUAAAGCCUUUUAGUAGGCUCCUCCUCCUAGAAAUUACGAGGCCUAUGGAAUAUAUAGGCAUGAUCUUUGGCACCUUGCCGGGGUGGUGGUUUGGCCGUUCAGAUGGUCGGCAAAACAGCCCCUGUAUGAAUAUUUCCGAGUGGCAGGUAGUACUGGAACAAACGGGAUUUUCGGGGGUCGAAGUCUAUAUUCCCGACUAUGACGAUAGAGAUUGCUCACAGUACAGUGUUAUACUGUCUCGAAAAGUGGCAACAAGGUCUUCUAAUCUUGAUAAGGCGGCUGAAAUCGUGAUCAGUACGGAUGCUUCUGCGGUCAUUACUGAGUUAAGCCAAUCGGUGACCAACGCUCUCGGCAAUAAGAACUGUUACACUACUACUCUCGCCGACUGUCAACCUGACGGGAAAAUCUGUAUAGUUCUGGAAGAGCUGACACGCCCCGUGCUCCUCUCCUGCACGGAAAGUGAGUUUCAGCAGAUCCAGAGAAUGCUGAGGACGGCAUCUGGAAUUAUUUGGCUCACCCGUGGGAGCUCUAACGCCUGUGAAGUGCCUGACAGAGCACUCAUCACUGGCUUGGCUAGGGCUGCCAGGUCCGAGAACAACAGCUUGAGGUUCAUUACUCUAGACACAGACCUGACCAGGCCUUUAUGCCGCAAAACCACAAAAUCUAUCGUUGAAUUCUGCAAGGAUAUUUCUCAAGGUAUUGGCCACGAGGAUUCAGAGGGCCGCAAGGAUUCAGAAUAUCUUAAAAAACAGGGCAGCUUAUACAUCCCUCGCCUCGUUGAGGAUGAGAGCACGUCUAAAUAUAUAACAGGAAUAGGACAAGUGUCUACUCAGGACUUAAAAGUCACUCGUGCCACACGGCCUCUGAAGCUCGAUAUUACCGUACCCGGGAGACUUGAUACCCUACAGUGGACGGAGUGUGAAAGCCCGGUGUCUCAUCCAGAGCUAGACGAAAUACUAGUUGAUGUCAAGGCUCUCGGCUUGAACUUCCGCGACCUCAUAAUCGCACUUGGCCAAUUUAGCGAUGCGUCUGAGAUGACGGGGGAAUGCAGCGGUGUGGUAAAAGCCGUCGGCACUAAUAUUCGACAUGUCUUCAAAGCUGUUGGAGUCAACCGAAUAGACAACACCAUCUCAUUCGAAAAAGCUGCAUCAAUCCCAGUUGCAUAUACCACCGCGUAUUAUGCUGUGGUUGAACUCGCUCACCUACAGAGAGGCGAGACCAUUCUUAUCCAUAGUGGUGCCAGCGCAGUUGGGCAAGUAGCCAUAAUACUCGCACAGGACAUCGGUGCGGAGAUAUUUGUCACAGUCGGAAAUAACCUGAAGAGAGAAUUCUUGCAGACACAGUACAAGAUUAGCAAUGAUCACAUCUUCUCGAAUCGUUCAACUGCGUUCGUCAGGGAGAUUCGAAGAAUAACUGUUGACCGCGGCGUAAAUGUCUUGGUCAAUUCCAUCGCAGGGGAGAUUGGACGCGAGUCAUGCAGUUGUCUGGCACUCUUUGGUCGGUUUGUCGAGCUCGGUGUUUACGACAUCCUUCAAAAUUCUAGGCUAGACAUGCGAUUCAUGCAGCGAAAUGUUGUGCCGAAACCUGCAGCAGGUAUUCAGUUCCGGGAAGAUGCCUCUUACUUAAUAGCCAGGGGCCUUGGUGGCCUUGGACACGCCAUAAUAGAAUGGAUGGGGAGACUAGAGGCGAAAAACAUUAUUGCCUUAUCUCGAUUUCCGCUCCAAGACUCUGAGCUUAAAUCGUGGGUAUCGUCGAUUAAGAGAAUGGGAGUUAACCUGGCAGUAUACACCUGUGAUAUUACAAUUCAGGCUGAGCUGGAAAAAGCUCUUCAGCAGGCACAGGUGGAGAUGCCGCCUAUUCGUGGAGUUAUUCAGGCUGCUAUGGUGCUCAAGGAUUCCGUAAUUAACAACAUGACUUACUCGGACUUUUCUGCUGCUGUGCGACCCAAAGUCGUAGGCUCGCUAAACCUACAUAAUGCUUUUUUAACGCAGCAUCUGGAUUUCUUCAUUCUCCUCUCUUCUGCAGCAGGGAUUGUCGGUAACUCCGGUCAAGCCAACUAUGCUGCCGGAUGCACAUUCCAGGAUGCCCUCGCACGGUAUCGGGUUCGUCUAGGACUGCCUGCACAUUCUAUUGAUCUUGGGAUGAUCCAGUCCGCUGGGUACGUAGCAGAGAACCCCGAAGCGGUUCAAUUUCUUAGAGAACAAGGGUAUGCAGAGGUCGAACUGGACCAAUUCCUAAGACUACUUAGUAAGGUUAUACAGAGCCCAUUAAGGAUAGUGGAGCAGGCACACACCAUAGUUGGGCUACAAUAUGACCAAUCUUCCUCUAAGGGCAUAGUGCCGCAGCAUUUGCUUGACCCAAAGUUUAAGCAUCUUCUAUCCUCCGAUCACGAAAGCAACAAGCCCGCUACGACAAACAGCAACCUAAAUGUCAGGACAGCGCUCCGGGAUGCAAAGACAAAACAAGACGCGGUUAAGAUCAUCACAGAUGCUCUAGUGUUACGUUUACAGCAACUCCUCUCUAUGGGGUCGAAGGAUAUUUCCCAGUCACAGUCAAUUACCGAAUUAGGGGCUGAUUCUUUGGUGGCAGUUGAGCUGCGAAACUGGAUCAGCAGGGAGAUGGAUGCAGAGGUACAAACGCUAGAGGUAUUACAACAUAUACCGAUAACACGUUUCGCAACUAUCUUGGCCAGCAGAAGUACGCUGGUCAGUGGUUGCAGUUAA